GAGGAGCACACGUUCCAGGCCGAGACGCGGAGUCUGCUCAACAUCGUCAGCAACGCCCUGUACACGGAGCGCGAGGUCUUCCUGCGCGAGCUGCUGUCCAACGCGUCCGACGCCCUCGAGAAGUGCCGCCUGCGCCGCGUGAGCAACGAGCCGACGGCCGACGGCGACGACGAGCUCCACAUCGCCGUGACCGUCGACAAGGAGCGCAAGACGCUGACCAUCGAGGACAGCGGCAUCGGCAUGACGGCGUCGGAGCUCGGCACGAACCUCGGCACCAUCGCCCUCAGCGGCUCGAAGAAGUUCGCGGCGGAGGCGUCGAAG